AUGGAGGCUAGGUACCUGCGGAAUUUCAAGAGGGGUGACCCUCGAACUUUUAAGGGGGCAUCUGAAGAUCCAACGGUGGCACAGAUGUGGUUGAGGUCCAUUGAGUCAGUAUUUGUGUUGACCAAUUGCCCGGAGGCCCAUAGGGUAGAGUGUGCUACGUUUAUGCUGCGUGAUGAUGCAGAAUUGUGGUGGCAGGCCACCCGCGACCUUAUUAGACCUGAGGGUGCUACAGUCUCGUGGGUGGAGUUCAAGGAUGCCUUCUCUGAAGAAUAUUACCCAGAGGAUGUCCAACUGCGAAAGCAGCAGGAGUUUACCCAAUUGAGUCAGAGAGGGCGUACUGUUACUACCUAUGCCAGGGAAUUUUCUAAGCUGAUGCGUUUUGCCCCAGAAUUAGUGAACACAGACUACAAGACAGCCCGACGAUUUGUACUGGGGUUAGAUACGAAGAUUCAUAACACUGUCGAGGCGUUUGCGCCUACCACUUACGCUGCCGCCCUGAGAGCAGCUAAGGCUAUGGAAGGAUCUGAUAGUUCGCGUGAACCCCCUUUAUCACCAGAAGAGCAUUUGGCUAAGGACUGUCCUGGAAGUCGUACUACUGAUGUUGGAAAUCAACAGAAACCAUUACGCAUCGCGAACAACCCCCCUCAGAACCGUCCGCCAACAAGAGCUUAUGCCUCUACCAGCAAGGAUACUGGAAACUCGGAUGCAGCGGUGACAGGAUCUACGCAUUCCUUUAUUUCUACUGUUUUUGUUAGUCAAUCUAAGUUUGUAUUAGAGCCUUUAUUGCAUGGAUUUUCUGUAGGCACCUCGGCAGGGGUGAAUAUGAUUGCUGCUUAUAGAGUAAAAGAUAGUCAUGUAUUAGUAUCAGAAGUUAAAAUAGAAGUAGACUUGAUAGUACUUGAUAUGCAUGUGUAUGAUGUAAUUUUGGGAAUGGAUUGGUUAGCGAAAAAUCAUGCUAGCAUAGAUUGUCACAAGAAAGAAGUGGUGUUCACACCACCGUCCAAGACCAGAUUCAAAUUCAAGGGCAUGAGUCUGGGUACCGUUCCAAAGGUUAUAUCAGUGUUGAAAGCAAAGAAGUUGGUCCAGCACGGAGCAUGGGCUAUACUAGCCAGCGUUGUGGAUACUAGGAAAGAGGAGGUUUUCCCAAACACCUUGCAAGUGGUGAGUGAGAUUCCAGACGUAUUCCCAGAGGACUUACCGGGAAUUCCUCCGACACGAGAGGUAGAUUUUGCAAUAGAGCUGGAACUAGGUACCGGUCCAAUAUCUAAGGCCCCGUAUCGUAUGGCACCAGCUGAGCUGAAAGAACUUAAGACGCAACUACAAGAGCUGUUGGAUAAGGGAUUUAUUAGACCUAGCGUUUCUCCUUAG